UUGUGUGCUAAGGCCGCUUUAUGUCACUCGUGCUGUGGGAAGCGUGCGAGCAAGAGUGCUGAAAUCAACCCAGGAACAUUCAAAUAAUAUUCUUAAUAAUAAUAGUAUAAAAGUAGGAGGAAAAUUGCAUUGAAUUACCACCCACCCGUUCAAGGUCCCCAACGUAUUAUUUCGGAGGACGUACUUUUAUAAAGCAAGAAAUUUCACUUAUUUAGCGAUUGCAAUGCUUGAAUCCAAGGAUCUCAUCUGGGCAUUCAUUUUAUUUGGCACUGCAGUUUCUCUGCAGGUGAACAUCAUACCCGCCCAAGCUGAGAUCAGUGUUGGAGAGUCAAAGUUCUUUCUGUGUGAAGUGGUCGGCGACGCAAAGGAAAUUGACUGGUAUUGGCCAAGCGGAGAGAAGAUCCUCCCCAACAGGCAGGAUGUCAGCGUCUCCCGAAAUGACGAGUCGUCCUCCACGCUCAUCAUCUACAACGCCGGCAUCGACAACGCUGGCGUCUACAAGUGUGUGGCCCGCAAUGAAGACAAGGAGGCCCAGGCCACUAUCAACCUGAGGAUAUACCAAAAACUCACUUUCACGAGUGCCCCGUCCCCCCAGGAGUUUAACGAAGGAGAAGACGCCAACAUCGUCUGCGACGUGGUCAGCCUGCCUCCCCCCAAAGUGAUCUGGAAACACAGGGGUGCCAAGAUCCAGGCCACCAAAGAUGUGCGUUUCAAGAUCCUGGCAAACAACCACCUGCAGAUCCGAGGCAUUAAGAAGACAGACGAGGGGUCUUACACCUGCGAGGGCCUCAUCAUGGCCAGAGGGGAGCUCUCCUUCCGGGUCAUAAAGGUCAUUGUUAAUAUUCAGCCGAGCAUCCGGGUUCGGCAGGCCGAAGUGAACGCCACCGCCGACGUGGGCCAGUCCGUGACGCUGGCCUGCGAUGUGGACGGGUACCCAGAACCCACAGUGACUUGGGCCCGUGAUAAUGUUAUCCUUGAAAGCGGAGACAAGUACAGCUUCAACGAUGGUGGCUCAAAGAUGACCAUAAAGGACGCACAGAAGGUAGACGAGGGGGACUACGUGUGCAUCGCCAAGAACAAAGCAGGGAGCAGCGAAGAGGAAAUCAGCCUAAAAGUAUUCGUGAAACCCAAGAUCACCUUCCUGGACAACCAGACGGCCUCUGAGCUGGACGAGAUGGUCACACUCACCUGCGAGGCCACGGGCGACCCCACCCCCAGCAUCGUGUGGAGCUUCGGACACCGCGUCUUCAGCGAAGGGGAGCAGGAACCUGUUAUUGGGAUAUAUCAGGCUUCCUGGACUCGUCCCGAGAAACACAAGAGUCUGGACGGGAACGUGGUGGUGCGCAGCGACGCCCGCGUGUCCUCGCUCACCCUCAAGUACGUCCAGUACACGUACGGCGGGGAGUACCUGUGCUCCGCCCGCAACCCCAUGGGGACCGACGCGCAGGCCGCCUACCUGGAAGUCCGCUACACGCCCAAGAUCACGGGCUGGGUGACGGUUUACACCUGGGACGGAAACCCCGCCAACAUCAGCUGCGAGGUCCUGGCCCACCCCAGCGCCUCCAUCGCGUGGUUCCGCGACGGCCAGCAGCUGCCCAGCUCCAACACCACCAACGUCAAGAUCUUCAGCGCCCCCUCUGUCAGCUACCUGGAGGUCACUCCGGAUUCGCAGAACGACUACGGCAGCUACAACUGCACGGCCUCCAACGCCCUGGGCACGGAGUCCAAGGAGUUCCUCCUGAUACAGGCAGACGUGCCCUCGGCGCCCUCCGUGGAGCUGGUGGAGCCGUACUCCAGCACGGCGCAGGUGGAGUUCGAGGAGCCCGAGUCCAGCGGAGGGGUGCCCGUGCUCAAGUACAGGGCGGAGUGGCGGGUGGUGGGCCACACCAGCUGGGCACAGCGGGCGUACGAAGCAAAGGACGGAGGUUUAAACCGGAUCUUCAUCACGGGCCUGAGGCCUGACACCCAGUACGAGGUCAAGAUGUCCGCCAUCAACGGCAAGGGCGAGGGGGAGAGCAGCGAGCCGUACGCCUUCAAGACCGAGCCAGUCCAAGGGGAACCAACCCCCCCUAAACUGGAAGGCCAGUUACAGGCCAGAGGCAACGCCCUCAAGGUCAACUGGAUCAAGCAGGACGACGGGGGCUCACCCAUCAAACACUACCUGGUCAGAUACAAGACUAAGGAGGGGGCGGAGUGGAAGCCAGAGAUCCGGCUGCCCAGCAGCAGCGGCUACGUGGUGCUGAGCGAGCUGGACUGGGACACGGAGUACGAGGUGUACGUGGUGGCCGAGAACCUGCAGGGCAAGUCUCAGCCGGGGGCGCUCAGCUUCAGGACCUCCCCCGAGCCCACGGCCAUCCCAGACACGGACAGCUCGGGAUUUGGCAUGGGCGCCAUUGCAGGGAUCCUCAUCGUGGUUUUUGUGCUCCUCCUGGUGGCCGUGGACGUCACCUGCUACUUCAUCAACAAGUGCGGCCUCCUCAUGUGCAUCGCCGUCAACGUCUGCGGCAAGUCCGGUCCCGGGGCCAAGGCCAAGGACAUGGAGGAGGGCAAGGCGGCCUUCACGGCGGACGAGUCGAAGGAGCCCAUCGUGGAGGUGCGGACGGAAGAGGAGUGCACCCCCAACCACGACGGGGGGUGCCCGGGGGAGCCGAACGAGACCACCCCUCUGACCGAGCCCGACAGCCCAGCUAGCGAGAGCACCACCCUCACCUCCAGCACUGCCACCGCUGCGCCCGUCACUGCAGCCAAGCCCGCCCCCUCCGCCCCCGCCCCCGCCCCCUCCGCUCCCGCCCCGCAGCCCAGCACCCCCAAGGCCAACGCCCCCGCAGCCCCCUCCGGAGCCGCGCCCAGCGUGGCCCCCCUGGUCGACCUGGGAGACGGCCCCUCGGCCAAACCCGUGGCCAACGCCAAGGAGACCCCCAAAGCCCCGCCCCGGCGGUCCGCCCCCAAUCCCUCCCCCGCCAAGCCCGAGGCGCCCAAGGCCAAGGACAGGAAAGAGGAGGCGCAGGCCGAGGCCGGGGCGGGGCCCGCGAAGAGCCCCCCCGAGGCCGCCCAAAACCCGGCGCCCGCCCAGAACCAGGACACGCGGAUAGACGGCGCUGACGCCCAUCUCUCCAACGAUGCUUCGCUGGGCAAGCCGACCCCCGAUGCCACCGCCGAGGCCGCCGCCCCCCCGCCCACAGCGGCUCCCGCCCAGGACGAGAAGAUUUCUGUGGAUGAGAAGAGUAAACCUGAAGAAACGGAGGGGAAGACAAGCGUGUCAGAAAUUCGGGCUGUCCCUAACGAAGCCGCCCAAACAAACGCCAAUGAGAGCAAGGCAUGAUGGGGCUGCGAGGGAAGUGCCACGGAACGCCAUGACCACAUCAUCAUCAUCAUCGUCAUCAUCGUCAUUUGCCCAAGCUCCUCCCACUACGGGACGGAGGCCACACCCAGCUCUUUCCACUCACGCCACUACAUGCACACAAAAUGUUUUUUUUUAUUGUUUUUUUUUAUAUGUAUAAACGGUUCCCUUGUCAGUUCUAUUACAUGAGCCAUCAGAACAAGAAACGAGUCCAGAUGUGUUGAGUGGAGUCAGACCUCAUACACAUGCUAUAGCUUUUUCUCACUCAUGUUUGUUUCCCACUCGUGUAUUUGUUUAAUGCAUACUCAUUAAUGGAAAACUGGAGAUUUUCUUUAUUUUUUAGAUGGUAGCUUGGCUAUUGGAAACCAAAACUGGGCCUUUAAUAAUGUACUUAGUAAUGGUUCCUUCCUUAGUAAUGGUCUCUUCCAGAUUGAACAAAAGUGUCGUAUUAGCCACAGGGAAUGUAUUUUUUUACGCAGAAACCUAUGCUUUCACAUUGUGCACAGACUAAAUUGCAUUGCGAAGCCUGUUAUAUUUUGUUAUAAAGGUUGUCUCUCAUAUGUAUGUGUAAAAGUUGAGAGAUGAGUACUAUAGUUAUUAUGUCCUCUCCUAAUUCAUUCUUGGUAUGUUUAUUUUGUUAUGGUUAUAGUCUGUAAAAGUAAAUAUUUUAUAUUGUUUUUAUUUUACUUUUACGGUCUAGAAGUAUAAAAUGGAAAGGGUUGGUUCAGAAUUUUUCAUUUUCUGGGGUGUAGCGCAGUUGUAUUCUGUGCUAAUUUAUGUUUAAGAACACAGUUUGAAUUCAUAUAAACCUAAGAAGAAAAUGGUGGGAACUGUUGAUGAUAAAGAAAUUAAAGGGGAGGGAGAAUUCAGUAAGAAAUGUCCAUCAUUUGUCCAUUUCAUCCAUAGGAAAGGAUUUGAGGGAAUCAGCGUUUGAAUCGUACAUGAAUGGGUAGCUGGGAGUACCAUGGCACUGCACGUGGUUUGUAGAAGGGGGUGGGGUAGGAUUGCACACCUUAAAGUCAGAGAGGAGAGCCGGCCCACCAAAAUAGGCCUUUGAAAUUCGCAGCUGAGGACGCAACGAUCAUUGGCAACAUUUAAGCGAUGAAAAAUUAGUCCCCUUUAUUCACAAGUGUUUAUUCAAAUAGAAUUGGAUAACCCAUGACUCAAGAAUUCUACUGCUUUUUGUCAGUUAACUUUUCCAUCUCAAAUGAGUGGUUGCGGGGAAGGCAAGUUUCAAAAUAUGCACAAGUGGUUUUUUUGUUGUUUUUUUUCUUUUUAUACAUACACUGUAUAAAGAAAUAUGAACAACUGAAUGAAUUGGUUAUUUAAACCAUAGUGCUCAUGUGGGGUUGUAAUGAAUAUCUUGUUUUUUUUGUACAGUACCCUUACUAAUAAUGUUCGCUUUUCAUUAUGUUUACUGCAAGCUUGUGCAUCGUGAAUGCGUGAGUAUCCUGGUGUGAAUUAAAAAAAAUAAAUAAUUGUCAUAAAAUUUGGGCAGGGGAGCAGAUUUUGGGUUAAAUAUCUACAUAGUUUGUUCGUGAAACGUUUAGGAAAUAGGUUUUUAAAAUGUUCAUUUAAGUAUGACGCAAAAAAAAAUAAACAAUUAGGUGAACCAGAAACUGAAAACUGCCUUGAAAACCCCUUUUAUCCUGGCAUGCAUUCCAUGUGCUUCAGUGUCCAGUGGGGGCUUGCUGCAAAUCUGUCUGUCAACAUCUGAGAACACGUAAAAUAGAGGACGUUAAUGAGGGCGUCGAGUUUCAACGAGCAAACUGCAAAAAAAAGAUAAUAUUAUAUAUAUAAAUAUAGAUGUACAUAUGCUAUAUGCCAGUCUUGUCAUUAUGCUAAUUGUGAAUUUUGCAUAUGUUAAUGCUUUUUGGAGGAAGGAGGUUGAAAAUGGAGGUUAUGCCAUUCACACAUCUUUAACACUGACUCGCCAUUCGUACCCAAGUCUUAGUCUGAAACAGCAGAUCAUGAAUGGGAGGGGCUGAAGACUUCAGGGCAGGGAUCAUCUACUUUGGCCCUCGAAUCCAAAUCCAGCCCUGGUUUUCUUUUCUCUCGGGUAAUCAGUGCUACUGAUUGGCCAGAAUGUCUUCACACCUGACUCCCAGGCGAAGGGAGGGUGGAAAACCAGCAGUUCUCGGCCCUCGAGGACCGUGAGUUUCUGAUCCCUGCUUUAGGGGUAACUGGGCAAUGUCAGGCCUUAAUGUAAAGCCACCCUGUGUGCAUGGGUGAAACCCGCAGGAUUUCGGAGUACCCCUCUCUACCAGCCGAGGACUGACUCCGUGGAAACGGCAGGCGAUCGCCGUUACCCGGACGGUUUGCUGGCUCCAGCUAAUCAGCGCCUGAGCUGUAAGGAAGCUUAGGUGUCCUAUGCACUGCCUGUAAAACCCUCUGCUGGGUUACAGGUAGGGUUUCCUGAGCCUCCCAUCCAACUGUUCUACGUCUCAUCGAUCGCUUAGCAGCCAACUGGUAUCCAACACGCAUUUGCAGUGAUCCUAAAAUUCUGCAUUUCCGAUUGAACAAGCAUUCUCUGAACUGAAUCUUUUAGACUGAUACCAGGGGUGUCGAAGUGAAGGCAUUUGUAUUGUACAUUCAGAUCUCCUCUGUGCUUUAAUCUUAAAACAUUUUUAAGGGCCAUCACGUGUUCAUGCAUUAGACCCAUAAGUAAGGUUUUUUUUAUGUGUGUCUGUGUGUGUGUGUCGAAACACUAUUUCGUUUUUUAAAUGAGCACAUCCUGUUCUGAAAAUUAUGCAAACAACAUAUCAUAUAUGUAGUACACUUUGCCCUUACCACAGAAGAGUAUUUCAGCUGCCAUUGUGUAAGACAUUUCCCUGAAAUUUGACCCAGGUUUUUUAUUUUUGUUUUUAUUUUUAUUUUUUGUUUUUCCAAAAAGACAAAAUUUUCGAGGGGUUGAAACGUAUUGCUGAUAAACAUGAAGUUUUCUGCCAACACUUCAUCUCAAAAAUAUUUGAAUGUUUGUAGAAAAGGGAGGGGCUUGAUAUUUUCCUCUGUUUCAAUUAAUGUGGGACCAACUUUUUUGAUUUUGGAAAAACAAAAGUAAUGGGAAAAAGUUUGAAAGUAUGGCUGCGAAUUAAAUAUCAGAGGGGUAAAGCCGGUUGUGAUUCGACUCUGAAAGUGAUCAGCGUUUAGUUUCCCCAGUGUACGAAUGUUUGUGGGCUGUAGAGGCCUUGUCUUUCACCCAGAAGCCUCCAUCCUUUUUCCUACCCACAGUCCCUUGUUUCUGAGAUAUCCUCUUCUAUACAACUUUUUACUAUGGUACCACCACUUUCUCUCCAUUGUCACUGGUGUAAAUACCGAUUACUAACCCAAGAAUCUUGACCUUCCAUCUGACGUACCUGUGUUCAAUAAAAAAAAUAUUAAAAAAUAAAAUAAAGUGUAAAACUGAAAAGAGA